AUGAACAUCAAUAAAACUAUAGAAAAUGAAAAAAAAGUUAAUAUUAAUAAUAAUAUAAAUAAAAGUUAUGAGAACGGUACAAUAAUGGAAAAUAGUUUACAAAACAUUGAAAAAGAGGAAAUAUUUAAUAAUAUGAACAAUGAAUAUAAUAACAGUGUAAAAGUAGAAUAUAAUUCAAAUAUUAAAGAAUUCAUAAACAAUGAAAUCAAAAAGGAAAACAAAGUAAUUUUGAAUAAAAUUGAUGAAAAUAAAAAUAAAGAGUAUGACAUAAUGUUGAAAUAUAAUAAUAAUGAAAGUAAAAUUGUGGAUAUAAAUGUUAAUGAUGUAUUUAAUAAAAGUAAAAAUGACUAUUUAAAUUCAAAUAAAAAUAAUGUAAAGCAUAAAUUAGAUAGUAGUAGUAAUAAUAACACAAAAGAUAAUAAUGUAAAUGACAAGGUGGAUAAUGAAAAAAAAAAUAAAAUUGUUCACGAAAUAGAAAAUAAUAAAAAUAUUAGUAAUAUAAGUAAUCCUAAUGAAAGAGAUAUUGGAAAUGCGAAUAAAAGUACUAUUUUAGAAGAAAACAACGUUAAUUGUAAUGAACAGAAUAAGAGUACAGCUCAAAUUAAUGAUAACAAAAAUGAACAUUCACCAGAAAUUGAUAAUAAUAAUUGUGAUGAUAAUUUGGAUAAUACAUUGGAUAGUUUUAACAGUUUUUUAUUAGAAGAUGAUGUAAAUUUGUCGAGCAGAACAUAUAGGAAUUUUCAUAUAUGUUCUAUUUUUAUUCAUUUAUCUUAUUUAUUAAUGGUUUUAUUGCUAAUGGGUACAUUGAGUUAUGAUUUUAGUAAAUCCUCUAUUUCAAAUAAAGAAAAAACUAUGAAAUAUUUUUGUGCUAUAUUGUUAGGCUUGUUAUUUAUACAUAUUUGCAUAAAUUUAUACAUAUCUUAUAAAUUAUUUAGACAAGUUGAAAUUUCCAAAUGUAUUAAAGCACUUGAGUCAUAUAUUCAUUUUAUUUCCAUUUUUUUUUUUAGUGCAUGUUUAUAUAUAUUAAUUUUUGCAGGAAAAGCAUUUUCUGUGAAUAAUACCUUUUCUUUUACAGUAAUUUUAGCUAUUAUAUAUUAUUUCUUGCCUUUGUUUUUAUAUAUUGUAUUGCAUAUUGUUUUUUUUGCGGUUAUAAUAAUACUUUUUAUUAUAAGAAGGAAAAGUCCAACACCAAAAAGGAUAUUAAAAAAAUUAAAAAUAAUGAAAUAUUUAGAAUAUAGAAAAUAUUGUGCAGAAAAAUAUGCAAGCGGAGGUAAUUAUAUAUAUGGUGACAAUGAAAUAAAGGAAGGAGAUAAAAAUGAAAAUAAAAAAGAUCAAUUAAAAGAAUCUUUAAAGAAUGAUGAUAACGAAGUACAAGAUUAUAAUGAACAUGAAAAAAAAAAUGAUGCUGUUAAUAAUCAUACGGAAGUUUGCACAAACUCAACUACUUCGUGUAUUCAUAAUGAUAAAAUUAAUCAAGAAAUAAAUACUGAUACGGAUAAAAAUGUUUUACCUCAAAAAAAUGAUAACAUUACAAUAAAUAAGUUAGAAAAUGUCAUUUAUUAUGAUAGCAAGUAUAUAAAUGGAGAAAACGCAAAUAGUAAUGAUGUUGCACAAAAAAAUAAUGAAAAUUGUACAUCGAGUAAUAAAAAUAUUGCCGUAUGUAACCAGAAAGAUAGAACAAAUAGUAGUAGUAAUAAUAAUAAUGUUAAUAAUGAUGAUAAUAAUUUUAAAAAUAUUAAUCAUAAUAGUAAUUAUAUUGAUAAUAGUUGUAAUAAUAAUAAUAAUAAUAAUAAUAAUAAUAAUAACAUUAAUAGAACAUCAAAUUAUGAAAACGAUGAGUCAAUUAAUAAUGUUAAAGGAAUAUAUGGUUAUUUAAAGAGAUUUUUAAAAAAAAAAAAAAGUAUUAUUGAGAAGAAAAAAAUUGAAUAUAGUGAUGAUAAUUCUGUUCAUAUUAAUAUUGAAAAUUCAGAUUUUAUAUGCUCCAUUUGUUGCAUAGAAUAUUCUGAUGAUGAUGAUAUUUGUAUAUUACCUUGUAAUUAUCUUCAUUAUUACCAUAAAGAAUGUAUAUUUACUUGGCUAAAAAGAAAUAACGAUUGUCCUUUAUGUAGAAAAAACAUAGAAAAAUUUUUAAAAAAAAAAAAAAAAAAAGAUAAAGAAUGA